CAUUUCAAUGUGCAGUGAAUUAACAAAUGAUACUCAGUAAUCAAUAAAUGAGCAUUUUCUUAUGUCCAUAAUAUGCAGUUUGUUUCUUUGUCAUCAAAUCAUGCACUUAGGGACUUGUCAGAAAUUAGCAGGGGGGAGGGGGGUGGAAACAGAGGGAGGGUCACAACUUUUUGAGACUGCAGAAAAGGGAGGGGUCAUGAAAAAUGGGUCGUUUAAAAGGGGGAGGGUCAUGUAAAUAUGUGGCCGUGAUCAUGUAGAGGUUCACCCACAGAAGAAAAAGGAAGUUCUUUAUUCUGUCAAGUGAUCAGCUGUCAGAGUCAGAGUUGGACUCUUAAUGCUGUCAUCUAAAAUGUAUAUGUAUAGCUACAGCAUUGCAAAGAACAGAUUAGAAAUAUAUUUUAAGUUUUCAUAAUACUGAGUCACUCUAGUGUAUUGCAAGAACUAGAAUUUCUCAUUUAUACAAUAGGAGGAGGGCCAUGAUAUUUUAGGCCAAGCUCAAAGGGAGGGUUAGCAAAUUUCAAUCCCAUUGCAGGAAUGGGUCACCUCAUUUCCAAACCCACAUUUCAAAUUCCCACCCCCCCCCCUGCUAAUUUCUGACAAGUCCCUUACUGAGAUUCUUCAACACCACAGGCUCUCCAUGAACAUGCAUGUUUGUUCUAUGAGAAGUGUAAUGCAGACCGUGUAAGCAAAAUUGUGAUAAUUCUGUAACAAAGUUCUUUGCAAACUUUGUCAUUACCAUUCAACCCAAAACUGUCUGUGAUUUUUGCUCUUUCACUCGAACUUAAAAACAAAUAAAGACCUUAUACAGAUCACACUUACUAAAACGCUACUAUAACACAGACCGUUAGCUGUCAUAACACUGAACCGAAACUUACAACAACAUCCUUUCUCAUGCAUUUUGUUGCUUUUCUUAUGCAUGAGUUAAUUCAGACUAAGUAUAUAGCCUCCACAGAGGAGGGGGAAGGGGUGCGAGAGGUAAACUAUAGCUAUGCAAUCCCGUGUUCCACUGGGCCCCGGUAAGUUCCACGUAGUGGUUCUAGUUACUCAAAGGUGUACUAUUCAGUCUUCCUAUGAUUCUAAAAUAACACGUUGCAGAAUUAACCUCGUUCCCAUAUCUAUCUGAGACACUUGCAACCAUGCUUAGCCGUAUUUAUCAGUUCACAACUUGUAUAUAUAAUGAUCCGGACAGUAGCCCUUUCCCACGACAGGCACGAAAAUAGAAUGAGAGUCUCCUAUUGAUAUCACGGGCGUGCCGUCGGACUUGUGGGCGUGUAAAUGCAUUUGGCCGGCCUGUGUAGCUGACGAGAUUAAGCUACCAACAGUAAAGACGGACUCAGCUUGUCUCCUCAGAAACGCCAAUUGUCUGUGAUAAUGAUCAGCUGGCGUUUUUCACUCUCAUCCGUCAAAAGAUACGAUAAAUAUCCUUCAGGUUGUUUAUUAUGUAGCUGAUUUUUAAUCUAGUGGGGAAAUGAAAAUUGCCAUAUUUUUUCAUGUUUAUCAGUUUUUUGAUCACGUCGAAUUAAACAAACGAAGAAGAAAAGAGCGGAAACAGCUUUCGCGUACAAAAGCAAUUUUGAAAGAUGACAGGCCUUAAUCGCAUGGCAGUGUCGCAAAGAUCGCUGAGAAGUCCAAACGUUGCAACAAGCCUCGGUUAAUUUCGUGACAUGGACAUGCUUGAACUUUCUAGCAAUACUUCGCCUGACGUAAUAAGCAUAUAAUAAUAAUGCAAAGUAUGCUCUUAUUAAAAUUUAUUGCAUGCAAGGUCAUUGUUGCAUGGCACCCUGUUAAGUUAAAAACGCCCAGGUUGGCUCUAAUUCCGCAGCCCAUCAUACCUCUAGGGUAGACUUAGUCGCCAGCCUUCGGUGUCUCGCGGUACUCCCUACCCGAUAGACUACGAGUGGUCCCCAUAUUUCCUCAGGGAUAGUAGAGCGAGCGAAACGCGAGCGCGCGUGAAAUCACCCCACGCAAGAAAGGUGAGACACAGCCGGAAGAUAGAAAAAUGAGGCAUUUUUCCCUCUCACCGCCGCGUCUCGCCUUUCUCGCGUGAGGUGAUUUUCACGCCCGCUCGCAUUUCGCUCGCUCUACUAUCCCUGAGGGAAAAUGGAGACUACUCGUAGUCUGAUAAACGUACAAGAAACUUUAGCCCGUCCCAUGAUGCAACGCAGAGUAAGUAUAUAUAUCUACGUAGAUCUACAUGGCCUCAUGGCCGUUCCCUGGUUUGACCAGUUUUUCAACCGUCUUUCUUCAGUGCUUGGAAGCGAUUCACUUUAACCCAAGUUGCACCGUCACUCCAUUGUAAGUAGGGUGAAAACCUAACAUUUUAAAAAUCAACUUAGUACAUGAUAUUGUCUUGCACAGUAUUUGUUACUAACGUGUGCAAGAAAUAUCACGUUGAUAGAAAUUAUAGUAACUCUACUGUUCGCGUGAACGACGCGUGAACGUUGUUUUAAGGAAUAUCUUUUACAUAUAAGCUUAAGCAAUUCAGUCUUAAAGUGUUUUUGUCUCCUGGAACUUCUGUAAACUUAUGCACUGCGAAGAAUACUCCAUAUACCCGGGCUGUAUUGAACCGUUAACUCAACUGAAAGAACAGUAAGCGUUAAGCUUAACGUAUUUCAAUAACAUUGGCAUCUCGUUGACUAGUUUGUAAGGCAUGGCACGGUAAGUUAACUUGUAACUGUUUUGGAAAGCUCGUUUUGUGAGUAAGUUCGUUUACCCAAUCUAUCUGUUUGGAAACGGCUUCGUUUUAAAUAUCUUUAAGAUUUUGAUUGCAAUACGAUUUGUUACAUGUAGGAGCACAAAGUUUCGAGCCAGAGAUAAUUUUACUCUUGGCAAAAUUUCCUGAACUUGAAAACGAAAAAGGUUCCUUUUUCCGUUAUUUUAGAUAGCGGAACUUCGAAAACGAAGCGACAAAGGACCAGGAAAAUUGUUUGCUAUAACGAGGUUUCGUUGAGCUUAUACCAACGUUCUUUUUCAUAAUAAGUUUUGCGGUUUGUGGGGCAAAGAAAAUCAGUCGUUUACCUAGGACUUCGUUAUAUAGAGGUUCGUUAUAUCGAGGUUCCUCUGUACAUAUAAUACUUUCCGAAUCGUAAUGGUUGCUUCUUUUUAUCGGUUGCAACUGUGGUAAGGCUCAUAUAUGGCUAUAGAAUUCCUUUUAACGCAGUUGACCAGUACUCAGAAAAUUGUAAAUAGACUUAAGGUGCAAAAGUUCAAUGUUUUAAUCAUUGUCAUAACAUAGUCAGAGUAGAAUAAAUGGAAUUGCUGUUUGAACUUUCAGACAUCUGAUUUCAAAUUAAUUUUUAAAUAUCCCUCCACUGACUCUAGAAUAAUCACGUGUAGAGUAGAUGUACUUAUAUGGAUCGCAAGCUACUUACUGGUCACUAAACUUUAUGCAAGAUCUCUUACUCCACAUUGAAACAGUCAUGUUAAAACAGUCUGUUGGCUUGUUUAUGUGCACUUGUAUAAAUUUUAACAUUGGACGUAGAAACUUUUGUGUCAGAUGUUACUACACAGAUGUUAGAAGGGCUGAAUGUCUGACAAUGGCUGGUUUUAUAGGUCCAACGUUAUGAUUUAUAUGUAACUGACCUAAGUUGAUAAGAAGCAAAACCUACGAAUUUGCAAUAUUAAUUUAUCUUUGCUUUUUGAGUAUCUCCUUAUUUUUCUUUUUUUCCGUAAGUGUGUUUCUUUCUUUGAAGAGAUAAAUGUACUCUAAUGUUGUUGUAAUUUUUAUCAACUUUGUUGGAACACUUAGGAGGGAUUUCAGCGAACCAGUUGAAGAGCGACUGUAAUACACAUAGAACAAUGUCAAAACUUGAAAUUGUCAUAAGUUUAACCUUGCCAAGAAAUAUGUCUUCAUUUGUGAGUAAUGAGUCAACUAUGUAGUUGUUCAAAGCAUUUUUGCGGCAUUAGUUGUAUGUUCCUCUUUAGUCAUCAUAGAAAAAUUUUAUAGGUCAAGAAUGAAGGGUGAUAAGUUGACUUUAAGGACAAUUUCACUUUGCGUGAUCUUGAUUGGGGUACCAAGAGACUGGAUAACAGUUUCAGUAGUUUGGUUCAGCAAAAAUACAUGCACCUGUACAAGUUUAAUUGAAUAAACCUACCUUGCUUGUUUUGUGUCCUAAAUAUUGUAUAAAUUGGGUUGAGUUCAUGAUUGACAGUUGACAUGGCCAAGGUCAAAUUGAGAAAAACAACGGCUUAGAGAAUGGUGAAGAAGCAUUCCCUGAAUGUUCUGUAUCUUUGAAGUUCUUUAUGAUUUCUAAUCAUGGUUUUGGCCUAAUUUGUACUUUUCUGAAACUGUCUGCGCCAUCGUAGCUAACUUGGAUACUAACCACUCUACCAUUGUAUUUGCUUCUCAUGCGGUUGUCUGCUCUGACAAUUCUGGCUAUAGAGACAAUGUGUACAGCAGAUUCUUGUUUGACCACACUGCUAUUUGGUUUGUGAUUAAGUGAAGCAUGUUCCUUACGCUCUCAUUCUGUAACAGUGGUGAAUAUUAACUCUUCAGCUCAUGUUCUUGUACGUGACAAGAUUGUUUGAUACAGUUCAACCUCAAGUCACAUGAUUUUCUGCUUUAACCACGUGCUUUGUUGCUUUUCUAUUGUCUGAAAUUUGGAAGUUGCUUUUUCCGGAGACGAAGCUAAAAUCACCCUUUUCCAUGUUUGUUGCUGAUUAAUAUUUGUUGUUAAAUCAAAAGUGGAGUAAACCGUUCACAGGCAUAAAGUUUAUUAAGCUGAGACAGUUGGAUUCGGCCAACUGAAUCACAUGAGGGCAGAAUUUACAUACAGCACAUUGUAGAAUCGCAAUCUGUCAAAACCUCCCUUUUUGAAAUUCCUAAUAAUUCAAACUAAACCUUACUUCCCUUCACUGGUCAAACACUAAUUUUAACAUUCAAGUUUCUAAAUCUCCUGAUAGUUGAUACCAAUUUGCUUUUCACAAGGUGGUGCAAAAAAUAAUAGCGUUCCCCUUUGCAGUCAUAAAUUUUGAAUAAAGCACGCACCCUCAUUAUUUGCAUCACAAAAGAGGAAAUGUGUCAAUCAUCACCCACGCCAUGUCUAUUCUAUUACCCUAAGGGUGGUACAGCUGCUGUCUGUUUCCUUUUUUAUUUCUGCUCUUAAAGUUGCCUGCGUCUUUAAUUUGUAGACCAAGCAUUUUUCUCUCCUUCCAACUUUUGCAACAAUCGCUUCUCAGGGUAAUCUUUCCACAGUCAUCACAGGAUAACUUAAAAUUUCUAAAAUUUUAGGAAUGUUAAUGCUUCCUGUGCGUGGGAGUUCAUGCAGACAUUUAACCCACAGGAUUAUAUUGCUUUCUUAAAAUUUGUGCUUGUGCAAGUAAAAGUGCUUUGUAAGCGUAUUUUUCUGGAAACCUCUUGGUUUCAUUGUGGAUAGCUUUUUCUCCUUUUGUUGUGGUGAUUUAUUAUUUUAGAUGGAAAUUAACAGACAACAAUGUUUUCUUUGAUUGUAGACAGAGUGUGGUGUAUAUUGCAUCCAUCAUUUCGAUGUCUCAGACUACUUAUUUUUUGUUUGUGUCUAUUCAUGCUAAUGUUGGAGGAACACUUACUGUAUCUUGGUGAAAGGCAAAAUUUGAAAUCUUACACACUGUAUGAUACAUGAAGUUGAAGAUACAUGUAGUUGUAGUUAAAAUGUGAUGAUGAGUUCCAUGGGUUUGAAGCAAAAUAACACAACAUAAAGUACUUCUACAUUUUCAUACACUCCUACAUUGAACUGGUGCCAUUUUGUGGAACUACCUUUAAGACAGUCUAAUAACCUCUGACUACAAAACUAAAGCUCAAAGCGCAAAAGAUUAUUUAAGAUGUCCCUUUUAUCCCUAUCUAUCUUGUCUUGGCGACUGUAAAUGUUACCAAAGUCAUGCUUCAAUUUAAAUACAUGUAUACAUGUUUAUAUGUGAAAAUGGAGUUUGAUAAGAAUGAUAAUUUUUUGGCUUAAAAAUACACUUGUGAACAUUGUUAUUUUAGAUUGCUGCUGCUGCUGUGUCCAUGAACACAUUCAAGUGUUGUAGUAAAGAACAUGUAUGUGCAAAUUCUUGCUGACAAAAUAGUUAAACUACAGAAGGAAGUCCGUACUCCUUGCUACACACUUAUUAUCUUGCAUCCCAGACUUUAAGCAAUACUUAUGACAGUAACAUCUACUUACACAACAUGUUAUCAUGUGCCUCAACUAGCACCAUCUACCUCAAACAUGCCAUAAAUAUUAUACCAUUAUUGUUACCUUUUUGCACACUGAUAUGAAGAUUUGAAGUUAGUCAAUUGUAUAUACAGUGCAAAAUAAGUGAUCAACAUACAUGUGGGGCCAGCAUUUUGAUGUUUUUGCUGGCUUUUUGCAUACAUUGUAGAUAUUACUAUAUUUUGUGUUCAAAGAAAUAAUGCUCUGCUGUGAAGACAAAAAUUCUUAACACUUCAAAGUUUUGUCGAAGCAAUGAGCCAAGGAACAGUGUGACUCUGUUUAUGAAAACCUUCCGGAUCUUCUCAGCUAAAUAAACCAAUUCUCUCAGAAAAAUACUUGUUGUGCCUGUAAAACCGGUUAUAGGAGCAGUUUUGUCAUGUUUUGUAUUUUGGGACCCAGACCCUUGCCCUGUGAUUAAAAAAUAACUCUUUGUUUUAACAUGUGUUUAGCAUGUGCUUGAAGGCCUUUUAUUUUUUAAACUAAUGCAAGUAAUGUAGAUUUUCAUUGUCUGAACAUGUCAUGCAUGUAAUGAGAAAUGUGGACUGCAAGUAAAAACCCACAGAUAGGUGCAUAAUUUUGUACUCGACCACAUUUUUGUUGCGUGUGUGUUGAUACUGACCCUAGCACCUUAAGACUGUAUCAGGCCAUUCCAACUUCAAUUAUGAUUUCACAUAAUUGACCUCAAAUCUAUUUUUCCACACAAUUCGUGAAAAAUCAUAUAAUUUGUUAUUUACAUCUAAGGUGAUUUACAUACCACUAAAGAAAGCCUUGCAAGACAUCUCAAACCUUCGAUCGCAGUAUCUUUGGGCAGCCUUUUUGAUUUCAGAGACAAGUAGUGUGGCCAGCGGUGUAACAGCGUCAUGUAAUAUUAAACAUGUGUCCUUUUUCUUUCUUUCUACAUUUCUAUUUGUUUCUUUUCUGGGUCAAGAUAAUUGGACAAAUUUAACCAUUUUGUUUAAAAAUAGAUGUUAAAUUAUUCUUUUCCAUUCAAAUUGCCUGUUAAAUAGCAUUAAAGUAAUUUUUGUCCUUUGAGACCUGGUUAAACAAUGUUAAUUAGCCCUGAAAAAAAUUCAUAAUUAAUCGCAUAAUAAUCCUAUCUUAUCGCUCAAUCUGCCCUGAAAAAUAAUGCUGCAUAAUUUCUGAUUAUUAUUCAACCACAACCCUUUUAGUUUAUCUUUUAAAAUUUUCAAAUAACUCUUCUCACUUUAACUAACCUUAGAUUGUGCAGGCCUGUUCACUACCAAUUUUUUUUUAAGUGAGCUCUCUUGAUGAGUUGUUUUUACUUCGGCGGAGCGUGAAGUAAAGGAUUCGCGACGCUCAGGAAUGUAUCAAAGUUGCAAUUUUUUGACAAGAUUGGGCAAGCAAAGUCUGUAGGUUUUCGGUUCUAUUCGGCUAUUUGACGAAGUGAGAGCCGAAUUAGUUCGAGAUAUCUCGAGAUUACCUCAAUUUCUUUCAUUUAUUCUUUAACUUUUUCGAGGAAGAAAGAAUUAUUAUUGUGGCUUUCCCGGGGUUUGAACCGACUCAUCUGUGUGACCUGUCAGAUCAGAGGAGACUCUAAGCUAAGGGAUUAGCCGAUUGCGCUACUGCGACCCAAGGUAGUUUGGCAUACGAAAAAUAGCUAUGAAAUGAUGCACUAGUGUCAGGACAAGAUUGGGCGUUCAAGUUUGUGACUUUUCGGUUUGUUUCAUUUAUUUCACGAAAUGAGACCGGACUACUUCGUGAUAUCUUGAGAUCACUUCGAGUUUAGUCUUUAAUUACUCGAGGAAUAAAUAGAGGAUAUUUCGUGGCCGCGCAGAGACACGAAAUUUCUCUUCGAGUGUUGAAAAACAUUUCACGAGUGAGCCCUCCUUUCGAACUGUUUUAUGAUGAAUUUAAAGUCACAUAAAAUGCUGCACAAAGACAUUUUGUCUUUGUUGAGUGUUACGUAGUAAAAUUGCUUUCAUGCGUUGCGUGACUUUCUCGAACGUUCUCUACGUUUUUGGAUUACCAUGAAUAAUUAAUUAGGGCAUGUUUACAUUUCAGCAUGAGUCAGCAGAUUUGCAUCCGUCACUGAAAUCAUAAAAUAUGUCGAAAAGCUACUACUAUUCGCCUGUUUAGUAUUUUCUAGAACCUUAUGUCAAACGGUAUACAAGUUCCAAGCGAGUUCCUUUGACGAACUAAGUUUUUUCCCACGAGCUGGACUGCUGUGUUUAGCCAAGUGUGACGAAGGUUGAUUUUCAGUUUCUGUGUUUACAAGUUCGUGGAAGCCGUAAGAUAUCUGAAGUUCAAGUGAGAGUUUGUCAUUAUUGGUAGAGGCUGUUUAGUUUUACUCAAAGUUCAAGUCAAGUUUGUGUUGGUGGAUGCUGUGUUUUAAAGCUCUGUGAAGGCUAUGUUCCUUUGGUGUUAAACUUCCUUGUGUUAAUCCGACAUCCCUGCGUGCUGAUAAGUCAGUGAAUAAUUAUCCUCAAAACAUUCAAACUUGUGACUUUGAGUUUUAGCCAAUUCCAUGCUCAACGUAAUUGACUCCUUACCCAUGCCUUACAUAUCUUUAAUCAGUACAUGAGACUGCUAUGCUGUUUUUGAAGCCUGAUGUGACUAAGAAAAAUAAAGAAUUGUUUUUUUAAAAGGAUUUGUAUGUAGUCAUCAGAGCAUAACUGGGCUAAUACCUCGGAGACAAUUUGUCCCGAGAUGCUAGUUUUUGGCAAGUAGGCCUCUUGGAUGUUGCUCUUUUCAGAAUAUCCUGACAAAUCCCAUAAUUUCACAAAUUAGCACCUUACUCUUACCAUAUUUGAUUUCUUACUAUUCCUCCGCAUUUACAGUUAUCCACAACCAUGACGCCGAAGUUUACGCUCCGUAGCGUCUUGUUACUCUUAGGACAAACCUCAUCACUAAAAUAUGUUUACAUGAAAAAACUACAGCUGUAUCACAAGGGCAUUCAAAAUGAACUUAACUGAAAUGUAAGGUACCUUACAGUAGUUACGUACUGCCAUAACACUGCCUCAGAGAAAUUAAUGAGCUUGAUUACGAUUACAGUGUUUUUCAGAAAAUCAAGCAAGGUGGUUUGAUCAAAUAAUCAAAACAUUUUGGUUUGAACUCCAUGUACAGAGUAGACCAUAAUCCUUUAUCAAAGGAAAUGUUUGGACAACCAUAUGCUCAAAAAGAACAAAAAGUGUACUUUUGAAUUACUUGUGACUUAAUAUGCCCUAACAAAUGCCCAGUGUGAUUCCUUUAGGAUAAAAAUGGCACACAAUACACUGUGAAAGGCUUGAACCCAGGAGUCAUUUCAUUAUAAGUAGAUUAAGUAUGAUCAUCCAGGUUAGGACUGUUGUUGACAGUGAUUAAAGUUUUGACAACCUGUGUGGUAGUCAUCUUCAAAGUCAAGUGAGUAUAGUAUGUGCAUAUGGAGUCAAAGUGCAUUCUGCAGGGCAGACCCUUGAUAGACUACAAAAGAGAAAAGUCUAAUCGGAUGAAGUAUCUUAUGUUAAGCUUUAAAAUAAAAGCUUUUUUCUCUACAAAGCUUGCUUGGAAACAAAGCAACUCUCAGGUAGCAGAGAGUAAUACAAGAAAACCCAAACAUGCAUCAUAAUAUAAUAAUGCACUGUAUGCUAAGUAAAAUAAACAAAGUCAAGUUACCCAUCAUGUGACAUUAAACCUACUGUUUAUACUCUAAACAAUUGAUCAAAGGCUACCCUAUUGUGCUGAUAUAAAAUUCUGGCAGAGUUUUCCUUUUGAGUAGAUAAAGGUAAUUAUAUUCUGAUCACUUUGAUUUUGAAAAGAUUCGGUAUGAUGAAAACAUCCUCCUUGGCAAGGGUGAACGAAACAUUUUACUGAGUUAGCUGUUACAAACAUGUACACAUAUGUAUGGGUAUAAAUAGAGAAAACUGUCUGGAUUUCCACAAAGCAUUUCGUACAGACAGUCAAUCUUGCACCAAUCCUUAAUGUAAAGUGUGUAUGUCAACUGUGUAUACUGGCAAGAUACCAAAACUGUGAUUAUUGAUUGGUCGACUGUUUAGGGUACAUGUACAUUACAGGCCUUCUGAUAGAGUGCGAUCAAAAAUUAUUUUCAUUACCCUUUCUGAAUUGUUGUUCCCUAUAGAUUAUACGACUGAGUUGAAAUCAGUUGCAUUUUAGCUUUUUGAAAAUGCAUAAGUUCAUUACUUGCUUGAUUGCACAAUUAGGCAUGGCUAUAAUAAAAUAAAUAUUUUACACACUAUUAAAAUUGGGUGCACACUUUCUAGGAUAUGGUGGUUAAUGGAGCUCACAGUUAUCUAGUUGAGAAUGCAAAACUUUUAUAGUAUAAUGCAAUAAAUGCAUAUGUAUUGUUAGACUGUAAAAAAAGUUGACAAGAAAAACACAGCAGUUAUUUUUUUUUGAACAAAAAAAAAAUUUAAAUGAGUAAAAUUGUAGUUCAUUGCAUUACGUAUUGAAAUCUUUUGUGCAUAUGAAGUACUAUUGUACAUGACUUGUACAUAAAUCAUAUCAUGGGGCAAAAGGUCUUUUGAAAUAGUUGGUCACAUGAGAUCAACUGUCUGUAAAAACAAAAAUAAUUCUUUGGAAAAUUGUUUUAGCAGGAAUUAAAAGAGCAUUAUUAUAGAACCUGUAAAUCUUCAGCCAUAUAUCUCAGAACUAGCUAUUGCAAGGCUGCCAAAAAUUAGGAUUCAUUGGAUGAGAAAAACAACUAUUGCCACCCAUAGCCAGACACAGUUGAGUGGUUUUCCCUACAAAUCCUUAUAAAAUUUGACAUUUUAAAAGUGUCAUCUUUCCCUUGCACAAUAUUACAGGGCUCAAAUUUACUGUUCUGAACAAGAAAAAAUUAUUUUGAUCCCUUGUUGCUCAAGAAAUACACUGUAGGUUUUAUGAAAAAUUAACAAUGUGCAGCAAUUGUAUGGAAAACUAGAACCACUACGUGGAACUUACCGGGGCCCAGUGGGAUACGGGAUUGCAUAGAUAUAGUUUACCUCUCGCACCCCUCCCCCCUCCUCUGUGGAGGCUAAUACUUAGUCUGAAUUAACUCAUGCAGAAGAAAAGCAACAAAAUGCAUGAGAAAGGAGGAUGUUGUUGUAAGUUUGUUCAGUGUUAUUACAGCUAACGGUCUGUGUUAUAGUAGUGUUUUUAGUAACACUGUGAUGUCAAUAAGUGUGAUCUGUAUAAGGUUUUCAUUUGUUUUUAAGUUUGAGUGAAAAAGCAAAAAUCACUGACAGUUUUGGGUUGAAUGGUAAUGACAAAGUUUGCAAAGAAGUUUGUUACAGAAUUAGCACAAUUUCACAUUUUCUCAAGUACGUUAUCAUCAGGUUUAUCAUUGAGAUUUAUUAAUCACAUUUAUCUAUUUUUUAAAAACACUGUGAAUUUGAAAUGAUAACAGACAUAAGACAUUUUUGAAAUAGAUCUUUGUGGUCAUGGAUUGUUGUCUUGCACUGUAAAAAUGUCAUCCAGUGUUAUAUACAGACAUAAUAAAAUGCUUAUUUAUUGAUGACUGAGUAUCAUUUGUUAAUUCAUUGCACAUUGAAAUGGAGGCACUUGAUUGUAAGGCAGUGGUUGAUACAUAGUGGCAUUCAUCAAUAUGGCCUAUAGUAAUUAUUGUAGAGGAAGUAUUUCUUUCCUGAACUGGGUAAACAGUAGUAUAUCUGCAACUGCUUGAAUGAUAAGUGCAUCAGCCCAUGUACCUUGAAUACACAUAUUAUUCAGAUAUCUUAUCCAUGAAUUUUCGGUAUUGCUCUCAAUAAAUCUCUCAGGAUUGUCUCUCAUAAAUUGAACCCCAGCAGUACGUAUAUGCAUGUGAUGGUUGCUUUUGCCAUAUAAUUGAUGUGAUACAGAUCUAAAGAAACAAUCACCUGCACCGCCAACAUCUAUUGAUUGUAAACAAAGUGCACCUAAUCUUGACUGCAUCAAAUUCUCAGAGGAAAUAGGAGAGUUCAACUGCAUUGGUUGAGGUCACACUAGAGAAAGUUUACUAUAGUAAACUCAAGUUUACCAUAGUAAACGGGCGCCGUAAGUGUGACCGGCAUUUUCAGUUUACAAUGGUAAACUCUACCCUGGUUAAUUUCCAUGACUACCAUGGAAAGAACAAAGAUGACCCAUCACCGAUAACCAUCUGGUUACCAAAAAAAAAAAGGUGGGUAUAUCUUUAGUCUAUCUAAACUUUGUUUGUUUUGUUGACAGUUUGUCAUGAUUUUUGAGGAAAGUAGUUUCAAAAAGGGUCACAUAACAGAAUAGCUUUAGAACAUCGGUGAUUGCUUUUUCCACAGUGCUUGAAGGUUUCUGUUUCUGUACAUUUCUUCAAACCAUUCCUGGGGUCGAGGUUAAACCCACGCUUGCCUUCGCAAUGCCGCUCUUUCUCCAAGAAUACGUCUUCGAUGAGUAAUCAAUAAACCUGUCACUAAAACAUCUUCACUAACCCAUUAUUCAAACCAAGGUAGGUAAUAAGGGAGCGCAUUCUUCUUGCUCAUCUGAGCAGCAGAAUUAAAAAGCAAAAUGCUCACAACAGAAAACAAUACUCUCUCACAUUGAAGCAUCUUUGUACACUUGUGAGGGUCACGCUCAGGAAGUUACAGUUCAGUAAUUUCAAUUUAGUCAGCUCUCAUAGCAGGUCAUCAUUUGUUUUACUUUUCACUCUCACGUUACCGAUCACGCGAGAAAAAAAACGCCUGGAAAGUUUCAAAUGCCUUUUUAAGUGGACCUGUCAGGUUUACUACGGUAAAGAAGACGUUGCGAGACUUACCAUAGUAAAGCCCUUUUUACCAUAGUAAAGUCUCUAGUGUGACCUCAACCAAUGUUGAGCUGUGAUUUUGCAUAGAAGGUCUAAUUAUUACUUCAUCAUGAUCAGUGUUGUAUUGAGUAGGUCCUGGAUUCUUCUCAACAUCUUUACUUAGUUUGAAAUUCACAUAAUUGGUCAUAUGACUCACACAAUUGCAAGAAAACAAUGAUAAAGAUCGACGUGCUUUUUACAUUAUUUUUAGUUUCAUUAUCCUGUGAUAAUGCCUGCUAAAAAGACAACAAAUAAGCUUUCUUGGGUAUAGCCAUUUUAUUUAAGUUAAUUAUCUUUGGAUCGCGUUUGUUAUUACAUUUAUAUCGUGCAUGAUAAAGUUUUCUCACCUUAUUAACAUAGCGAUGGAGCUUUGAAGUCUUCGGUAUGUCAAUCAUUGAAAUCUUUUUGAAGACAAAUUUUGAUAAGUGUUCGCUUUGAUUCUCGAUAAAUUUCACGAUGGAAGGUUCACUCAAUUUCUCGAUAAGUUUCACGAUGGAAGGUUCAGUCUCAGAAGUGAUCGCUCGUAAAUUUGUCUCUCCAAAUAUUCACUCUUAAAUUUUCGCUCAUAAACUAGUUGGGUUGGGGGAACGUGUCGUUCCCCAAAAAAGCUAUAAUCUUUCUCUUGACUGUCCUCCAUGCCUCUUCUUUUCAAAAUGGCGGAUAAGAUUUCAAUGAGCCAGCGAUAUAUCUCAGUCAGCGAUAUAUCCCUAACAAUGUAACGUUGAAAAAAACGGACGGUCUGCAUUUUAAGACCGGUGCCAGCCUUCGGCUGGGCCCCGGUAAUCACUCAACCAUGCACAUGCUUUAUCGCAGAUUCCCUUUGUUGUAUUUUUUUUACUUAAUCAGGACUUCAAAUAAUGGCUGGUCAACGGGCAAUGUCCAGUCAAAAAAAGGCUUUGAAUGACCAGACAGUUGGUCCGCUCUUUUAUGCUUCUAAUGUAAUUCAGACCUUCACUUUUUUUAAAUACGAUUGGUCAAGAUUGGUAAUUCGUGAAGGAGGAAAAAAAGUGGGGAGAGAGAGAGAAAAAGGUGACCAGGUCAAGAACUUUUAUUACGUAAACCGUCCAUAACACAGGGCCUCUGUAGGUCACGAAAAAAAAGUCAAAAUUUCGUGGGAUUCUCGGAGACAAAUUUGCAGCAAAAUUGGCCAAUUUUGAGAAAAGCCCAUUCCGCGGAAAUUUUCUGGGCAAAUUUUGCUAGAAAGCAAUCGGUUUUGCGCUGAUUUCACAAACGUUUUUAAUGAAACAAGAAGGAAUUUUGCCCAUUUUUGGUGAGAGGGGAAAUGAUGAGCAUUAGCCUGUGCAAUAACAACAGAAACACUGACUACUUUAUAAAUGUUGCCUUUUUAAACUCUGGUCAAAACCUCCGCUUGCUUUGUGAUCUCAUUUGGACUUGGUAUUCUCUUGCACAGGUUUUUUGUAUGUUUGUCAGAGAUCAUCAUUUGCUCUUUUAACAUCAAUGAGCUCAGAAAUGUGCCAAUAUAUGUCAAAGCUUUUUAUAUCGUGCACUGGCCAGGCCAGUGCCCAGUUUUUCGUAUUAAUAAUCUAAUCAAAGUUUCAAGAUAAAUUUGCAAUUUUACGACAAAAAACAGCUGAGAUAAGUCUCAAAUAUGUUGAACUGACAUGUAUGUAUUUGGUAAGAUUUCUACCUUUUGUAUUUUUGUGAAUUUCACUGAUUUACCUGAAUUUUGUGGCUCAGCAACCGUGACAAAUUUCAGAAGCCCUGCGCGGCGGGGUGGUAACAGUGUUUUUUCAUUUUCAGGGAGUUGCGAGUUAUUGCUUCGUCCUCUAUAAAGUCGUCACUGCAAACUCGGGAGUAGGGUGUGUUGUGUUGUAAAGUAUUAUUAUAACAGUCCACGUAUAUUUUACUGUAAAGUGCAAUCGGAUAAUCCCUGAUGAAAGACGUUUGUCCAGUCAAAAACGGGUUGAGUCCAAGCAAAAAUAGGUUUGACUGGACAACUUGACUGGCACCAGCUGGGAAAUUAUUUCAAACCCUGUUAAUUGAUAGAAUGUUGCACAGUUGUUAAGAGCUUUUGUGGAAAAUGUGGUCGCAUUGUUUUAUACUUGAGAUAAUAAUCAUGAUUUGAUAAACCAUCACCCAGACUCAUCACCCGUGUCAUGGAUGUGUCAUGGGUAGCUCGACAGUUACUAGCCUGCUGGGAGAAGACACUUUUUUUGGUUCUUGAACUGCGUUUGAAAAAAGAACUGAAAAAAGCAUCUGCUCCCAGAAGGCUAGACUGUCACCAGUAUCAGUAUCUUUUCCAGACAGGCCUUACUUAUAGAUAACAUACUGUAAGUGAACUGUGUAAUAAACCCCUCUUAUCUAAUAAAUGUCCUCUGUACACUGUUAAAAGUGUAUUAGAUGCCUAAUAAAAUAAUGUUCCCUGUCUAAUAGAUGCUGUCUAUGAAAAUUAAUCCAAAAUACCAGGAAUUAGCUAAAGAAGUAUAAUCAUUCAAUUCAUUCUGUUUCUUGCUUGAUGAACAAGGCUUUGCAUAUUUCUUCCUGUUCAAUGUCAAGAUAAGGAUAGACUAAUGAUGGCAACGCAAUAACCUUGAGCGAGGAUUAUGACAUAAAUGUUGGGAUUUAAAAGAGCGAUUUGGAUCUCUAGAUUGCCUUGAUGUAUGAAUUGAUGGAGUGAAUAGCCUGCUAUUUUUAAAGUCUCUUGAUAUUUUUACCAAAAGCAUAUUAGUUUUGUUGAGCUUUUUACAGUUAUGAGAAUAAACUGUUCUCUAUUCUUAAUGCCUAUCUAUUAAACACCCCCACAUAGAGCCCUUAACUUGAAUAGAUGUCGCAGGUGUUUAUUACGUCUUUUAUGGUAGGCAUAGACUUGAAACUAAUGGCAACUUUACCAGUACAACCUAAUGGUUUUACUUGAUGUCCAGAGUAUUUUUCAAAAUAAAAAUGGUUAGACUCUCACUAUACCUUCCUCGAGUUUUAUUUUGAAGGAGGUCUGGAGGAGGCAAUUGUGUCUCGGAGAGAUGAUUAUUUGCACGCACAAAUGAAUCAAGAGAAUAGUUAACUCUUUAUGUCCCAAGAGUGACCGACAUCAAUAAUUAUUUUCUCUUAGCAACACAGGUAUUACCACACAAUAAAAAAAGGUUACAAGAAUCAAUGAAAUGAUCACUUAAGGAAAAAUGCUUCGAUCUUCUAUCAAAUUCUCUCAACUAAUUUUUUAGGAAACACACUUUUUUGAUGUAGAGAUCAGUGUGGAGAAUUUGUUUGUCAAUACUGGGGCUUAAAGGAUUAAGAAAAUAGGAUAUCCCCUUAUCGAAGCUGGAUUAACUAUUGAUAUAAUAAACUGCUGUCAACUUAAAUAAUUCAUUUGUUGUGUUUUCCUUUGUUUUCCAAUAGUCUUUAGCUACCGGCAUGGCUAGUGGUGGUGACUUACCUCAGCUUUGUGCUGAUCUACCAUCCCUACAUGAUGUCCAACUAACGGCAAAGCAACCGGAACUACCUGUUGACAUUCUUUUGUUGACAGUCGCAAAUUCUGAGUUCUUGGCAUGUUACCAGCAGCUAAAAGAUCCCUUUAGAUGCUGGUUUGACGCUCUUGGUCAUGUUUACUUUGAGAAUGUAAGGAAAGUUCAAGGAGAGAGAUUAAAAGUUGCAUUGGUGAAGUGUUGUAGUGCUGGUUCUGGUCCUGGUGGCUCCUUGAUUACUGUAAAAAAUGCUGCCAAGGUGCUAAGACCCAAGGCAGUUAUUUCUGUUGGGACAUGCUGUGGCCUCAACUCCAAAAAAACCAAGUUAGGCGAUGUUGUUGUGUCAUCCAAAUUAAGGAAAUGUGCAUCCAAAGAGGUAACAGAACACCAGGCACAGUCUAGUGGAAACUGCCAUGUAAGCAGAUGCUUUUAUGAUGUUAUUAAGAAUUUUGUUGAUGGCUGGAAGGCACCUUUGAAAAACUCUGAAGCUCAAGAAGUCAAAGUUCAUCUUGGUGAACUUCUCAGUGGCCCAGAGGUUGUCAGGCAUGAGUUACAAUGUAAAGAGCUUGCUGAACUCUAUCCCGAGGCAGUUGCUUUUGAGAUGGAAGGAGAAGGUAAGGUUGAUGCUUUUUGUGUGUUGGCAAAAAGUUUACCGUACUAAUCUUCGUUCUUUCAUUCCUGUUAGACUGGUUUGUUUACACAGCCUCAGUCAUGCAUUUUCCUCUAUUUCUUGUUUUAAUUUAUUGUGUAGUUUUCAAAGGUACACUCAUCGUCCGUAAGGCAGCACCUUUUGACCAGAAAUUGUAAUUUUUUUUAGAGUUCAUACCAGCAUGGAAAGAAAGUCAAGUCUGAUAGCCCGGGGCUAGCCUGAGUGCAUUUUGCAAUCAGGCUAAUGAAUUCUGUUUUUAACUAAGCAAGUUAAGUUUUUUUUGAAGGAAUUCAAAUUAUAGAAGCACUGGAAAUUGUUUCAAUUCCCUAUAAAUUCAUGUGGGCUGAAAAAUUGUUUCUCAAGCAGACCUUACAAAGUGAAAUUAUUGCAAUGAUUGUAUUGUAACAAUAAUAAUGAUAAUAUCAUUAUUAUCAUUAUUAUUACAAUGAAUUAAUUAUGCAUUUAUGAAGGGGACUUGUGCCACUGUUGUGGAUCUGGUGGGCAUUGUCGUGAUCCUGGUAUUUGUAUCUUGUACAUUUUUGGUGACCUGACAAAGGAGGCUUCCUGACCUGACAGGUGACAUAUAAGCAUUGAGUUACAUAUAAUAGAAAAAAAAUUAGCACGUGGUCUUGGUGACCACUCAGAUGGUCUACAUGAUCCCCUGCUUGAAAGAAUUGACUGAAACACAGCUUUAUUAUUCAUUCAUAAUAAUUCCUAGUUUAAAAACAAGGGAAAACAUGCUUACCAGUGUCAAUGUUAAGUUCAUCUCAAUAGUGCAUGUUUAUCGGGGAGUUUAGAAGAUAAAGGACGGUUCAGGUCUGCAAAAUUAAUGUACUCCAAAUGGGAGAUGUCAUCCGUCAACUUGUCUUCUUGCUAUGUUUUUAGACAAUAGUUUGCUGUGAAAUGAGUAAAAUGUUCUGCUGGUAUUUCCACCAUUUUGUUCUCACUACCAAAACAACUCAACCUUGCCCCCAGGUCUUCUCGGAUCAAUAAUCUGCAAUUUUGGCCACACUUUUGACAUCAUCGACUUUGUGCAAUAUGACAAAAUUCUUCCAAAUUUGAUCAACAGUAGCUGGUUAUGAUGAAUUAUGCAUGUGAUAGCCAAUCAGAAAUCGGAGAAAUAUUUUGAAUGAAUAAUAAUAAUAAUAUUAUUAAUACAGUUUCUCAUUCAAGUACUGUCACAUUUUGUUUCUUUUUUAUGUACAGGCAUUUUUGCAGCAGCAUUUGACCUUCAAAUUGAAUGGUUGAUUGUAAAAGGGAUUUCUCAUUUUGGAGAUAGUGCCCAGUUGAAUGAGGAGAGUUGGCAAGUUUUUGCUAGUGUAAUGGCAGCUUCUCUUGUUGCACAUAUUUUGAGUGAUCCAUGUGUAAUUCAUUCCUGGCCUCAUUUUGAAGGUACAGUAAUUACAUGUAUGACUUGAGGAAAGGAGGAGUUGAGGGAGAAUAGUAAUUCAUGCACAUAAUUAUUUGGAAGUAUUAAGGGCCAGAGAUUCAUACAAUACUCACUACAGGUACAUUAGCCUGGGACCAGGCUCCGCAGUGGGGGAAAAAGGAAAAAACAAAUAGGAAAAAUAUCGGCGAGCAAAGUGAGCUGAGCAGUAUCCUGGGGAGGGGAAAAGGGCGGCGGAGCCUGGAGACAUGCCUUUGACGCCACUGUUCCAUGAUACCAUAUUCUGGUAUCAUGCUCUGAUUGGUCAAAUGUCUUCAUCAUGAUAGCUUCGCAGUGCUGUUGACAGUAUCGCACUCUUUCAAUAUCACGCUCCUACAAUUCAGGAAAAAAGAUUUAACAUGGAUUUCAAGCAAGCAACACAAAUUUCUUUGUGAGACUUUUGGCUUAUCCCUUGGCUUCAAGAACGGCAAAAAAUAUUCCUGUGAUCUGUUGCAAAAAGAAAAAGAAGCAUAUAGAAUGUGCAGCUUUUCUUAUACUCUCCUCUGAUAAACCACAGUCACAUUUACAAAGUGAUUGACUUAUAAACCGACGUUCAAAAGGUAGAGUAUUGUGAUCAUGCUCUUAACAAAAGCAUGAUAAAACCCAAAAAUCAGUGAAUAUAUGCAAAGAAUGCAUUUUGCGUACAGCUUUUUACAGAAGCAACAUAAUAAGCUCCCACUGACAUCCGUGAUGAGAACUUGAUGUGUUGACAUUUCAAUGACAAGUUGAUUGCUGGAGGGUGGAUCGGCAGCAUCAAAGGCAUGUCUCCAGGCUCCCUCACCCUUUGCCCUUCCAAAACUUCAGGUCGGAAAAACGUUCUACGCAAGCUUCUGCACAUCCCCUAUCGCAGGCUCAAGGCAGGAAUUUUCUCUGUGUUGACUGUUGGAGUUCGGAGUGAAAUGCACGAGGUGCAAACGUUUGCUCCAUGUAAAGCAUUUUUAUUUGACAUGACAUGUUUGCUGUUUUUUUCGUCGCUUGAAAAUUACUUUGGAUUCAGAACAACCAAUGUUAAAGGAAAAACGGAUCAUUCUGUCAGUCUGAGGUGGAAUAAAAGGUUUUGAACAUUUCUAAAGAGGCGAGUAUUUUUUCUGAUUGUGCAUCCGAUUAAUUUAUGAGUUGAUUUCGAUGGGUUGAGUUGAAACCCGCUUGUACUCUGUUAUUAGUAGUUACGGUUACUUUUUUUGCAUGCCCAGAUUUAUUACCUUUGCAGAACCAGCUUUAGCUUUGUCUUCAGUCAAAGAACAUAUUGCUGUUAUAAGUGAACAAACUUGUGCGCUUAUGAAACUUUCUCGGAAAUAGAAGGCCAGCAAGCUUACUCAAGAUCAUUUGUCUGUUGCUCAAGUAAUAAUAGUCAGAGUUUUUUCAUUUUUCAUCACAUAGUUUUGUUUUCCAGUGCACUUUGAAAGUUUCUGUUUUUUAUAAGAAUAACUUUCUGUACGCAAAUUGUCCUUUUCACUCGCUGUGAAGUAGAGAACGACAACUGCUGGCAGUGACUUCAAAACAAUUGACUCUUUUCCUGUAAACAAUUGCUCCAGCUGGAUUUGACUGAGGCGAGCAAAACAAACCCUUAUGUGCAAUUUUCUGUACUUUCUAAUGAUCGGCUGAGUUUAAUUUGCUUAAACGAAGACCCUAGCAUGGACCAGUCAAGCUUAUUGAAAAUAGCUAAAUGGUGAAUCAUGGCUUGGCUGCCAAGUUGCAACUGGUCUUUUGCUUUUACAAUCUUUAGGUAGGUUGUUUUUGUACAGAAAAUUCAUUUCUUCAUUGUCAGCAAGAAGUUUUUGAAAUAAUGUAACUUUGACUUUGUUUGAACGAAAUCCUACUCGGCGUGUAGGUUUCUGACAGAUGUUAUGCGUGUUCAACUUGACAACACAAAGCAAAAUUUAUAUAAUUAUCUGCGCGAAACGAGCAAGUUUAAAGAACUAUAGUCGCUUUGAAACUGAUUUUUGGGAAGAUUUUACUAGAUUGAGAUUGACCUUUUUUCUGCCCACAUAUCAACGCAAUAACUUCUAUAUUUAGGAUUUUGUUUAUAUUUUAGUGAUCUGCGAAACUACGAGUGUCAGAUCGAGCGAGGGUUUUAAAAUAUCAGCUCGAGUGCGACAAAGUUCAGUGACUUCAAACACAUUGUGGGCAUGCGUUAAUUUUUCUGGGCAAAUCACUGUCCAAAGAUGUAUUGUUUUUGUGUCCACAGUGGAGCUCCAGACCUUAUAUAUCCAGGAACUUCCUUAUAUGAACACAUUUUGUGAAUGCAUCUUGAAAAAAAUUGGACCUACGCAUGCACAUUUCCAGUACAACGCAAGGAAAUUAAUGUCAUUAAAGUCCAUUUUACUAUGAAGUAUUCUUCGAGAAAAUUAAGUAACGACAAGGUUAUAACCACAGCUUGCAACUUUUGAAAACAAAUUGUCUGUUCUUUGCAGGUUAUGAGUGGAAACAUUUUAUUUUUAGGCAACAAAAUAUUUGAAAUCCCGCCAUUUUUUUAAACCCGGCCAGGGGAUCUGGGCAAAAAAGUUCACUCAUGCUCAUUACUUUUUUCCACCCUGAAUCCCAAAACUACCUCUCAGCUCGCUUCGCCUGCCAAUUUUUUUUUCUCCAAUGCCAAUUUUUUUCUCCCUGGUCCCAGGCUACAUGUACGGGAAUUCUGUCUGCAAAACAACAUCAUUGCAGGUGCAUGAUGCCUAGUGCUACAAUGCAUAUUCUACCACUGCAUAAUGAUGUGAAAUGUGCUUAUUCAACAAAAUUUAUAGAAGAGGCAAACACAUGGUUACUAAUUUUUCUUUUUCUUUUUGAGCUCAGAUUUAGUCCGAAAGAAUUCAACUCCAACAAAAUAAUAUUUGUCUACGAUGAUAAGUAAAAAACAUUAGCAAGGCCAAUGUGAUAGAGUUUUAAAGAACUUAAAUUGUUCUUUUCAAAAGUGCCUUUUUCACUGCCAAAGCUUCCUAAAGUGAAUUGUACAGCUGUGUGUACUGAUAAUUAUUUCUAACUGGACUGUAUUUUAUGUUCUUCCUCAUACAGAACCUUCAAGUGAAUUAUUGGCUGAGUUUUUUUCCAUUCCAGAGGAAAGCGGUGAACAGCUUGUAGCUAUCAUUAGAGAUUUAGAAUGGCAAGAUACUGAAAAGAGAAUGGAAGGACUAAGCAACCUGAAAGACCGUGACAUGCCAGCUGUAGAUGAUAUUAACCCGAGUGAGAAGAAUUUCAAGGCAUUAGUAGAGAGGGUUUGGAAUUCUUCCAAACAGUGGAGUGACUACCAAAGUGAAUUCAUAGUUUUUACUUGCCAAGGCAAUGGAGUUUUCAACCUAAUGAACUGUCUUGCCAUCCUGAGUUUCUUUGCUUUCGUGAAAGUCGCCACAAAGUCCUUAGAAGUAAUCCAAACUUUGGCUGGUCAGUAUAAACAUCAUCCUGGUUUUGGAGUUGUGAUCAAUAACCUUGGGGUGAUGUUUUGUGAGAAAGCACUCUUUGAGAAGAGCGCUGAGUGCUUCGUCGUGGCCAAAAGUUGUUUUGAUCUCCAAGGAGACCAUUUGAGAGUUGCAGCAGUGUCUUUAAACCAAGCAGUUCUGUACAAAACUAUUGGGGACUACAAAAAGGCACAAAGGCUCUGUUCUGAAAUAGCUGCUGUGUAUUGCCACAAAUUUGAGAUAAAGGAAAAGAAUGUUCAUUUGCUAGUCAAGGUGUUAAUAAGAACUGCUGAUAUGUUAAAAGAGCUAGAAGACUAUGUGACGUUCUACAAAUUCCUGAGGAUUUGUGCUCACUUUGACUUUGCCGGUGUCAGUGUGCCUAUUUCAUUAGUUUUAGCAGGGCAAUUGAUUAAACUCCAACUUAAGGAGGAAACAAGUAGAAAUGCUGUAGCUAAAGAGGUCACAGAUUUUUCUUACUAUUUGCUGAUGUUGCUUGAUAAUCCUAAUGCAGAGUUGAUGAACACUGAUAUAAUACGAGUUGUGAUCAAUGUAGCAAAGAUUCAUCGCAAGAAUGGUUACCCUGAUGAAGCUUGCAAUUUGUUAAAAAAGCUGCAGAAUGCUUUCCUGUUUGUUCAUGCAGGAAAGACUUCACUCUAUGGUUCACUGUUAUAUCAGAUUGGUUGCUUCUUUAUUACCUGUGAAAAGUUUUCUGAAGCGUCAAUUGCACUGAGACAGGCAGUGAACAUUCUAAUGUCCUAUUUUGGCCAAGAACACUAUGCAGUUGCAUGUUGUAUGAGUACGCUGGGUUCCUGCUUUUUGCUUAUGGGGAACUACAAAGAAGCUUUGAAGCAUCUAAACGAAGCCCUGGUAAAGUUUACAAAUUUAAAUCCUAAUCAUCCUGAAGUGGGAAAGAUUCUUCAGGCACUCUCAUUUUUGAAAAUUGAGGAGAAAUACUUCCAGCGUGCCUGGGGUACCAUGAAAGAAGCUUUGGAUAUCUUUGUUUCUACUUGUGGUGAGCUGUCUCCCAUGACAGCCACCGGAUAUUUCCAGUCUGCCAUGUUCUUGCUAAAGGAGAAUUCGUUGUGGAAUUUCGCAAGAGAAAAACUGGUAACAGCAAUUGACAUCUUCUUACGUCUUGGACUGAAACCCCAUCAUUCUUUUGUCAUUGCAUGCCGCAGUUUGCUUGGUGUCUUGCAGCUCUCCUUAAGGGACAGGGAAGGGGCAGAAAAGUCUUUUGAGGGUGUUGAACAGCAGUUAGACAUUAAUAGUGAAUCCUGGACCAAAACCAGAAUUAUCUACUCUCCGUUAGUCCAUUUACUAGUUCCAUCGCUAGCAGUUGAUAUAGACAGAUCUUUUGAUCUCUGCGCGAAAGUUGUAGCUCUUGUUAAUCUGGUGCACCUCAAAACUGGUGAUGACAGAUACAGGCAUCUUGCUUUGCUCAUUAAUUACUUGGAGGGACACAAAACAGAGGAACUUCAAAUAAAAGAUUUUGCUGGUCAAGAUGUUUUCCACAUUUUGCACAGAUCGCCUGUCUUUGCCAAGCCAGUAGUUUGCAUUUUAUCCUCACAUCCAAAGCCAGCCUCUUCAGAGUCUGGUGAGCAAAUGGGCAAUCAUCCAGUGAGUGACACAAAAGAACCAGAUGAACAAAGUGAAGGUUCUCAAAUGUUCUUAUCAUCUGUAAACAACAAGUAUUUUGUCUUGUGUUUGAGGGUUCCUCACAACAUUCAAGAAGACAUUAGUUUCCUGGCCUCUGCACUCCAAAAGAGUGUUUUGACACUUUUUUUACAACAAUCAUUCCGCAAAGAUUUUGUAGAGAGAGAUGAUUUGUAUAGGGAGAUGACAAUCCCUACACUCAACAUUCAUUUCCUUUGGAGGCUGAUAGACUGUCUUCCUCUUCUUGUUGAACUGGAAUUGUCAGAUUUGCAAGAGUGUGACAACUUCGACUACUUGAAUUCUUGGGAGUCCUCCUUAAAAUCAACUAAGCAGUCAAUACAGGUCUCCUACCUUUCUUCUGAAUGUUCUAAUCAGCGCGAGGCCAUGUUUGUCUUUGACCGUCUGACCCAAAGAUUACAUGAAAAGCUGACACUAAGCACAGAUCUUGGUGUUGUUGUAUCUCAUGUUUCCCCAGCACAAAAUGUAGCAUCUCUUGUCAUUGAAAAGCUGGGAAAAUCCUUUAUUUCUAUUGCUGUUGAAAAGAAGUUUUUAAUAGUAAAAUGUUGCAGCUUGAAGGAUUCAGAUUUAGAGCGUGUCUGUUCAUUGGUACAAGAGGCUCUAGAAAGCACAAUGGAAUCUUCAGCUUUCAGCAUAAACUUGGAACAGUCUUCAUGGUUUCUUGGCCAGGGGAGCUGUUGUGAAUUGUCGAGGGAAAACUGCAGUUCGGAUAUGAGCAGUGGCUUGUUUUGCUCUGAUUCGACGUUGGAAAGAAGUGACUCUCCAUGUUCAGACAUCAGAGAUCCACAAUCAGUUUUAAAGAUGCAUACUGUUGAUGUGUUGCAAGGCAUGGUAAGUUUUUUUCUAUUUACGAUGUGCAGUUAUGAUUAAAGAGAAGUAAGUUGCUUUUAGCAAUAACCAAAAUAAAUACAUUAUCAGCCCUGGUUGUUCGAUUGUUGGAUAGUGCUAUCCAAGAGAUAAAUCACUACCUAGUGGGAAACCAAUAUUGUGUUAUCCAGUGGAUAACAUUAAUUUUUGUCCCUCUGGGUAGGGAUGCUCUUUUGAACAACUGGGGCCAGGUGUGGACUGUAUACUUCCUUCCUUAUCCCAUAUAGUGGCAUAUUUCUCUGGGGCUUUGGCCCACAGCCUUCUUUAUUAGAGCAAAAAAAUAGGAAGCAGUUAGUGUACAGGUUGGGGACUUUGUCAAGUGAAUCAUUUGGUGGUUGGAUGGUUGUGUGAUGCAGUUGAGUCAUAUGCGCUUUUCUUGAUUUGACUAUGAGAUUGCAUGAUGCACGUUGUAGUCAAAGACCCACAUUUCACCCUGGCUCGCCAUCAAGUCUCCAGUAGCUCAGUGGUUAGAACAUCUGACUAGAUCAGGGAGAGUCAUGGGUUCGAACCCCAUCUGGGGCUCAGCUUUUUUCGAGUUUUCCAUGUGAUGUAAAAACAUAUCAUGUUGUUGUAGUUCUACAAAAAAGACUCACUAGUUGGUUAAAUUAACAUGUCCAGAAACCAAUACAAAUGACUUGAUUUUUUACCUUUUAUCCGAUAGGAUGUGGAGAUCAAGCCUACUGUAAGCCAUACCAGCAGCAACUUACCUACAGACGUGGAUAUUAAUUUGUGUCUUCUGGAGUACCUUUUGAGACAAGCCAAAUGUGAAGCCACUACAGAGAAAACAUUGCAGAACUCCUACAUCACAUCAUCUUCCUCUGACAGUUGUGCUAGUGAUGUUCAAGUAAAUGAGAACUCACCAGUCUCAUCUGAACAGACCUCAGUUUCUGAAAACAACUACAGUUUUCCUGAAUCUGAUGAUUCCUUCACACCAACGAAGUCAUUACCUGAUAGUUUGUCAUCUGUGAGAAGUAUAAAAGAAUCAAAUGCCCCCCUCACUCUUGACCAAAGUGAUUCAGAAGUCUCUAGUUACAGGCACUUGUCAAAUGAGGAAGGCAGCUGUGAUCCAGACACAAGGGAAGCAAAGCAGUUGGAAGAUGUACAUCAAUUGCAAUCAUCAGUUGCUGAAUUUAAUUCUGUGAGCAGUGAAGAAAACUCUAUUUUCCCUGUUGACCAGAAAACAGGUGUGCAAGAUGUUCACACCAACACAGAGUCAAAUGUGGCAAAUUCCAACAUGUUGCUGGACAAUCAAGCUGGACACUUGGAUUUAUACCAACAUCAGAAACAAGGUCCUUCUGUUGAACGUCAUGAGAGCAUUUCAAGACCAUCAUCUGCUGCAAGUUCAGAGGGAAGUGGUUUAGAAACUGCGUCUGGUGAUUUUGAGAAUGUGUUAGCAGCUUCGCGGAAGAAGUGCUUUGAACUGCAACUAGAGAUCAAGCAAUUAGAGGAACAGCUGAAGCAGAGUGAAGAAGAGAAACAGAAACUCCAAGUUGACCUGGGGAAACACUUGUUCCUUGAAGAAAAAGGAAAGCGUCAUGGAAGGCUCCUCGGAGGGGCAGCUUUGCUGCAUGAGUCAGGUUAGUUGGAGAUGUCAAAAACUAAUAAAUAGCAGCUUAACAGUUUAAGAACAUGGAACUGUGUGAGGAAUUGCAGAAUUGGAGGAAACUAACGUGAUUGGAUAAGGCUGAGUAUGUAAAGAGGAAUUUUGUAGAUUAAUUAAGGUGUUUUUGAUUUGGUUGAUAACGCCCUCUGAAAACUGCAUAAUAUUGUAUGAAUAAUGUGCAAAAUUGGAGAAUUAUUCUUCAUAAUAUUAUUAUAAGACAGCAGAUUCAAUGACUACUUAAUUUUUCAUUCAAAUUAAUAAUAUCUAAACUCAUAGCAGUCCUCUUUAACUUUCCAUUCCGUAGAAUUUCUUCCAAGUGUUUGCCGCUAAGUGGUAUUUUCAGGGAAUUAAUAGAUGUUAUUUGACACUUGGAAAAUAUAUGUUUAAAAUCUGUAGAAAGUUGUUAGCCUGUAACCACUCUGAUUUAUUUUACUUUUUAAUGCUGCCAACAUACUAUGUGUAUUUUUUAACGGCCUGCAUCUUUCUCAACUGCAUUCCAAUGAGCUCAAGUUCUUCAAAUGCAUCAUUAGAUGUUAUAGUCCAAUAACAGUACUGCUUAACUGACAGAGAACCAACAAUUUAUCACGUGAAAGAUUGUUGCAGUCGUGUGUGCAACUUAGUUGCAGAAAGAAAGCUUGAAAAAAGUCCAGCCAGUUUGCUAGAUAGCUCAGUGGUAAUUAAGAGCUUGAACUUUUUUCAAGCUUUCUUUUUGGUGACCUAUUAAGAUGCAUAUUUCCAUGUCACUGUGAUUGUCUUUCUCAGGUUAAAUCUUUCUCAUGCAGUUCGAAUGUAUGAAGAUUUCAUAAUCAUUUUAACUUUGAUAUGGAAAACCAAUAACACCCUGACUUACGGUGUAAUAAAACAAUUAGCUAGGUCAAUAACCAGAGAGCUUAAUACUGUCAAUUAAUGAUACACAACUCACUUUGACUCUGAAGAUGACUGCUGCACAGGUUGUUGAAACGUCAGUCACUGUCAAGUACAGUCCUAUUUAGGAAUUCCCCGGUCAGUCAUGUUUCAUCUUCUGACUGAGGGGGAGGAGUAUGACAUGACUCCUGUACUCAAACCAUUCAUUGAAUCGCAAACAAUGAAAAAAAUCAAAUAAUUUUCAUUCCUAUGGGCAGUGAUCUAUUUGGCAGGGGUCAUUGUUUUAUAUUCUUGCCUUAUUUUUUUUUGUAGGUUUUUCCCUGCAUUCAAGACUUCCAGAGAUCUGGCUUCAAAGGGAUCCUGGGCUCAAACCAUUCAUUGUAUUAAAAAAAAGGAUAAAAAUAAUGUCAUUCCCAUGGGCAGUGAUCAAUUUGGCAAGGGUCAUUGUUUUAUGUUCUUUCUCUUGAUUUUUUCAGGGUAUUCGCUUCACUCAAGACUUCUAGAGAUCUCCGAUUCAUUAUCAUUGGAAGAGGUGAAAAAGAUCAAGUUUCUGGUCAAAAGCAAAGUCAGUGGUUUCAGACUAGCACGGAUAACAGAGGCCUUUGAACUGUUUGAAGAACUGGAAACAAAUGGAGUAUUUCCCUGCCAUUAUAUUGCAAGCCUGCUUGCGGGGAUUCAGCGAUAUGAUCUUGCGGAGAAGCUUGGAAUACAGUUACCUUCAACAGCUGCAAAACAUGGUAAUAAUGAGAAUCCCUAAUCAUUUCUUGUUUUUAUUGUAGCAACACACUCUAAUUGUUAAAUGAAUGUUAAAGCAGUUUGCAUGUAUAGACCCUUCAAUGUUUUCUUCAAUAGGCCAUUUUAUAGUUGUGGGCUUAGUAUCCUAGCCUUUGAGUGGACGUGAGGCCGAGGUUGACCUUGUUUUGAUACAAACCUCUUUCCUUUUCUUAUGGAAAUUAUGCUUAAAAAUACAUAGUUAGCAUAAGAAAAACAUUAGUUACAUAAUAAAGCACGAAGGGUUGUAUAUAAAUAACAAGGUCAAUUCCAGCCUUGUUUUCACCUGUAACUGUAAAAUGGGCUAUUCUUGACAAGGAUCAGUUGGCAAAAAUGUACCUUAAAAUCAGCAAAGUCGUCAAGUUAGAGAGUGAUAUAAGUUGAAAAGAAACAUCUAUGAAUUGCAAAAUCAUAGGGUUUCAUAGACGUUUGAUAGGGGGUCGUGAUAGUGGCAACUUUUUGGUGACUUGGCAAAGCGGUAUCAUCUCUCAUUUCUGAAAUAUCACUCUUUGACUUGGCAACUACUUAUUUAGUUUUUUGUGGCAUUUAUGCGAACAGGUCCUUGUCAAAAGUUAGAAAAAAGUGGAAAGGUCUAUUUUAAAAUAAGAACACGGGGCUGAUCAGGAAUUUUGUUUGCAGUGUAGUUGUGCUGUUUUAGUGGGGAUUAAUAAGCAGAUCUGAAUGAUUCCAAACCAAAUGCAUGAUGGACGGUAAUGUAGUGGAUUCACUGGAUGGAGUAGCCGGUCUAUUUAAUUCUCAAGGACUGUGUUCAUAAAGGAUGUCUGCUUUUUUUGACUAGUGUCCUCGCUUGCUUAUUUUCCUUCAGGGUCGGACAUUCUUUCUGGGCAAAGCUUGUCAGCAAGUGGAAAUAGAUUACCGGGUCAUGUUGAGAAUUUACCCAAACUGACAUCUGUUAAAGAUUACAGUUUGGAGGUACAACUGAACAGACAUGGAAGGAAGCAUGUUGAAGGAAAUGGAGUGUUUACACGUGUGAGUAUCAGAGGAGACUCGAUGCAAUUGCAAGGUGUUGAAGAAAAUGAUAAAUCAUUUACAACAGCGGAAGCAGAAGUUGAGCAGGAUAACAAUUCAUCACUUGGAUUCAGUGAAAAUUCAAGGGAAACCAACACGUACACCGCUGUCUCAAGUGAGAGUGAAAAAAGCAGUAAUUCAUCCAUGAAAAGUGCUCUCAGCGCCGAAGAAUUUCCCCAAUUCCCCACCCUUACUUCAGACGGUUAUUUGUCAAGUUCUAAUGAUAGUUCGUUAUUAUCAUCCAGUUUUGAACAAACCGCAGUGGUGGCUGAUUCUAGUUGCACCUUGCAGUCCUCUGCAGUUGAUACAACUGAUGGCUCACCUAUUUUGACGACACUGUCUAGUAAGGCUUAUAGAAAUCAAGAAAUCUCAGUUGACAUUGACCCUAACGUAGCAUAUACUAAAGAGCAGACUGAACGAUCUUUGAAAUUCCAUUAUGCUGACGUGGAGUGUGAUGGCUCUCCAAUAGUAGCAUCAUGCCAGUCUUAUUCAGCUUAUUCUUAUUCAGAAAACAAUGAAUGCUAUGUAGCUAAUGGGGAAGAUGAGCUUUUUGAUAAAGCAACUGAGAAGUCUGAAUGGAAAGAAAUUGAGGAAGAAAAAGACUUUGUCGAUUCUUGUGACGGAACAAUAAGAACAGUACACUCUGGCAGAAGUGCAGAUACAGGAACAGAUUCUUCAGACAGUUUUGUUGGUCAGAUUGUUGGAACUCAAAGCGUUGCAAGUGGAGGAAACCUGCCAUUAACACAGCAAGGAACCUCUUCAACAGCAGGGAGGGUACUUAGGACACAAUCAUCUGCUGAAACAGAUUGGGAGCGUCUCGGUGCUAGACCAAAGGAGGUUCAACGUUCAGAUGUUCAACCAAAGCCAACAGAACCUGUUGUUUAUAUAACUGAUGGCUUAGCUGGUGAUUUCUUAGCGAGACACACCCAAGACAAAUCUCUUCAUGACAGUAUCUAUCAAAAUGACGGUGCUUCUCUGUUCAAUGACUUUCCAUCUCAGGGGACUUCCUUUAUUGACGGUGGUGACAUAUCUCAAUCUAGCAGAGCCCAGGCGUACUUUGGGGAUUGCCAGGUUGCGUCGAGGGCAGAGCCAUUUAUUGGAACUGGCAAUUCACUUGUGAGUGGAUCUAAUAGACAUUUGGGUGGCCCUUCUAAUGCGGAACUUUUCAGUGACAACUCGCCCAGCCGUUUAGGAAAUGAUUUGUUCUCAUUGCAUAGUAACUAUUUAUCAAGAAAUACUUCAACUGCUGCAAACAGCUAUUCUCUUCAAAGUGAUUUUGUACAUAGUAGUCAUAGAUUUGCAGGAGUUGACCAUUUUGACGGACAGACUUAUUUGCCGUCAGCACCGCAAACGCCAUAUCCUCCCAUGGCAAGUGACCCUGUUCUAAAUAGUUAUCCAGGAAUGACUGGUUCAAGUCUUGCUGACCCUUCAAGGACAGGUGCAGCACUAACUCUACCUGGGGAUCCUGUACAUAAUGCGCCAAGAUUUAAUAGCUUUUUAAGUGAGCAGCUUACGGACCCUACUCCUGAUGCAAAUAGGUUUACUGGUGAUGACAACGCUUCAGCUUUUAUUUCUAAUCAGGACACAGAUGAGCCAGCACAGAAAACAAAUUUAGCACUUGGAAAUUCAAGGACAACAACUGUAAACGUGGAAGAUGAUGCAAAUUCUGCAGCCCGGUAUCAGCUUGAUAAUUCAACAACAUUCAAUAGUGUUUUGGCAACAAGAUCUACACGUGAUACAUCUGUUUUAGAACCACGUCCUGGUGACGCUGACAACAAUAGAGUUUCUGUGUUAAACAACACAGACUUUGGUACUGAUUCAAUAGAGGCCUCGGACAACUCGUUACUUGCUCUCGAACGGCGUGUUGCAGAAGCUUGUGCCCUUGUUGAACGCGUUCUCCGGGAGAGAGAGGAACGAGAACAGUUUGGAAGGGAAAUAGAAAGGAAAGAACAGUUAAUAAGAGAACAAAGAGCUCGAGAAAGGAGAGAGAGAGAGGAGAGAGAGUUGCGGGAAGCUGAAAACUGGCCACAAGAACAAGAAGCAAUCAAUGCACGUUCGCAGUGGUUAUGUGAACAUUAUCAGCGGCACUGCAGAGUGCGAUUCCCUUGUUGCACUCAAUUCUAUCCAUGCCAUCGCUGCCACAACAUCUCCAAAGCUUGUGACAAUGAAGAGGCUAAAGCUUGUCAUGCCACUCAUCUAAAGUGCUCUCACUGUCAGCAUGAACAGGAGGUAAGCUUUAUUUUCAUGUUUCCUAAAACUAAAAUUUUACAUUAUACCUGUACCCAGUACACAGUCUUUUCAUUAAUUUUUUUGUAAAACUUUCAAUAUGAGUUUGGGUGAUUGCUGUGAAAGUGUUGAUUCCUUCAGGGCUGUCAAUAAGGGCUGGUAGCUCGCCAAAACCGCUAGCUAGUUAGCCAUCCUUAGCCGGCUACUUUCAUCUCCUUCUACCAUAACUGCGAUCAAAAAAUAAGCACCAUCAAAUAAGAUUGUAAAGAAUCCAUUUCCCAGUUUUGAAUGACAUUGAAUGCAUAUUUAAAUGCAAUGUCAUGGAAUGUGUGGGACAUUUUGAUGGCAUUGUUCCCAGUCUUGCCUGUACUUUGACAAAACAACAUGGUGUCUAUGGUGGAAAAUACCUCUUGAAAACCCCUGGAGAUGACAUUUUCAAAACUCUUAAUUUCCGAAUGUCCCUAGAUGCCUCUGCUCUCAAAAACUUGUGCCUUUGGUGCGAGUUCCGCCUUCUAUUAAUUAUCAGCCUGCUACUCAAAAACGUUUUUGACAGCCCUGUUGCUUUAUCUUAAAGUAUAAUGGAAAUUUAUGAUUUAACUAGCUAAAAACAAAGGAUAAUAAAUUUACUUUUAAUAGCUUAAAAAAAUAGAAAUGAAUCUCAACAUGAUUAUAAAAUCAUAUAUACAUGAUUACUGCUAAACUCACAAAGCUGUGAACACCAGAGAUGUUUAUGGAACAUUGUUUUGUUGUGAGGAAAAAGCUAAUCAGGGGCCUGUUUCUUGAAUGUCCCGGUAACUUUUUGGGCCCAGAAAGCUGUUUUGUGUUUGUGGUGUUUGCAUUCAAGAUCAAAGUUUCAAUAAUUUUGAAAAUAAUACAAUGAAACUAUUAGUUGACAAAGCAAAAUUCACUGGUCUUGUGGGCUAGGAACUGUGCUACUAUUCAACAGGUUUUGCCUUUGGGCCUGAAAAGUUUCUGGGUCGAUCUUUCGAGAAACAGGCUCCGGGAGUGAGAAACCUAAUCCACAAACUACAACGAUAUAUUAUUUAGUUUGUGGUUAAAUUGAGCUUUGCUUUUAUGUCCUGAACUUUUUUGUGAUUGGUCACAACAGUAACAUUCCUGACGUAUUUUCAGUGUUCAGGUUUUUCUGAGAUUGGCAGUAAUUUUGUUUGGUUUUACUUUUGUGGACAUUGAAGAGUGAAUUUCUAUCGUUAUGAUUCUCGUAAGUCACUUUAAUAUUAAGGUAGUAUUGGGUGGCUUUCAUGUGAUGCUUGGUCACGCAUGAGUGUGGUGUGAAAUGAUAUUCAUUUUUUAUUUUGUGUUCCUUAAUAAGGUCAGGGGUCAAUUUAAUAAGACUUUUACAAGUGUAAUUAACAAGCUUAGCUAUUGUUUUCAGACUCUAAAACAAUGGUUACACUUGUACAUUACACUUGCAAAAGUUUUAUUAAAUUGACCAAUGGACUUCUAUGACUCUUGAUAAUAUUAUUCAGUUCGAUAAACACUAUAUUAACCAUUUGUGAUUAUUAUUUUUACAGAUUGGUGAAGACAGUGCCAAGUGUCGCAAGUGUGGAGGCAAAAUGUCUGCUUAUUUCUGUGCCAUUUGCAAGCAUUUCACCAGUGUGGACAAAAAUCCAUAUCACUGUGAAAAAUGUGGAAUUUGCAGGUAGGUGACUCUGAAGUUUUCUUCUUUGUUGUGGCAAAAUUAUGGUAACAAUAAAUACAGAUUCACUUUCAUAAGGGGUAUAAACAUUGCUGUAAAACUUUUUAGACAAUGCUUAGCCUGUUUGUCAUGUUCUGAUAGUGGACAGGGUGCAAAGGAAAGAACAGAGCAGGGGAAAAUGGCAUUUUUUUUGUUCUGAUGUCGAUUCUAGACUACUCAAUCCCAUGAAAAUGUGUUGGAAAACCCCUGAAAAGGCAGUGACUGUCUAGCAUGUAUUUCAUGGUUCAUGAAACUUCUAAUGGCCCAUGAAAUCCCCAUAAAAGCAUGGUCAAUUUAAAAACUCAUGAAAAUGCCAAACUCACACUAGCACAAAAUUAGAUGAUAAAUGCCAUAGAGAGAAGUUACACCCAGUGCUUGUUUCUUAAUAGCUCUUGCAAGAUCUGUUGAAAGUUAGGUCAAUUUUAGAUAAUCAUGUUGACACAUAUAGGCACAAAACAGAUGGGUAUCAAGUCCAUUUUGCAUCAUUCCCCUCUGUCUGAUCCCAUGGAACUGGCUAGCCAGAAAUGUAUUAGCAAAAAAUGGUGAUUUUCAGACCAAGUUCCUUUUUUUUCACCUAGAAUUGGCUCUCUUAUUUGAACAACUUAAAGUUGUCCAUAGCUUAUUUGCAGGAGUUGUGUAAAUAUGAUGCAAAAAGUAACUUCUUGAUGGAUAUACUGGAUACAGUUGUAAAUUGUAUUAAUUUUUAUUGCUUUUUAAACUUUAGGAUUCAUCAGGACAAAUCAUUCCACUGUGAAGUGUGUAAUGUGUGUUUAGACAAACGCCUUGAAGGAAAUCAUAAAUGUCGACCAGAUUCAGGUCACGAUGAGUGCUGUAUUUGCCUGGAGGUGAGGUUUAAUUAUUAUUUUUUAGGAUAAGGCUACUGAAGCCUUGGUAUGAAUGAGGUCUCCCUUUUACAGUGUGAGUAGAAAGAGGUCUUUGAAUAGGGGCCUUAGAUGUUCACAAAAUAUUGCCAUUCUAAUACUAUGAUAUUCAAAAAAUUUGCAUUGCUGAUUGUUGUUGACAUUACUUGCAGGAUGCAUUCAGUGGUUGUCAGAUAUUACCAUGUUCACACAAGGUCCACAGAGAAUGUGCCAUCGCUAUGAUACAAAAUGGCAUGUAAGUCAUUAGUUUACCAAUUCAUUGAGAUCACAAAAGUUCCAUGUCUUAGGAAAUUAAGUCUAUUCUCAUCUAGUACUCCUGCAAAGGAAACUGAGAAGAGAAUGAAAGCAAAGUAAAUAGCCCUCAUUCAUGUUUAUGUCACACCCGCAAAUUUCAAAACAGGAAUAGAGUGAUAUUUCGAAAUUGUUAUAUGUAAUUUCACGAAUCAUUAGGCGAGUGAAAUUUGAAACAGUUUUGAAAUAUCACUCGUGGUAUUUAUGCCAAAUAUCACGUUCAGUUUAUACCACUACCUGCCCAAGGUUUGUAAUUUUCACAUGUAGGUAUUUCAAAUGAAGCUGAAUUACCACUGUUCUUAGCCAAUCAAAUUGCAGAAAUUUCUCAUGCAGUAGUAAAAUAGAAUUAAUUGUUGUCUAUGGUGCUUCCCCCCCCCCCCCCCCCCGCCUCCUUUCACCUAUGUAUUUUUUAUUGUUGGCAAUAGUUCACAGAGUUGUUUUUGCUUGUUAGUACAUGCAACAUAAUAAUUUCUUUCUCUCUUUACUUUUUUCAGUCGCACCUGCCCAAUAUGUCGACAUCCUUUGUACAGCCAGUCUAGGGAGUAG